AUGUCUCUCAUGACUGUGGAAAGGACCACUGACCUUUUCUGGCAAACAGCCGGAGAGGGUGGCCUUGAGGCACCGCUGCAGUGCAUCCUGCAAAUCUACAAAGUCCUUGUGACAGGCCAACAGGAGCGCGUUCCCCAAUUCAUGCUCUCGAUCAUCACAUCUCUGUUUAGCACCGCAAACUCCUUUGGCAAGCUUGACAAGUAUGGAAAUGGCCUGUCAGUGCUGUCCUGGGAGCAUGCCCGGCAGGUCUGCUGGCGGAUCCUGUGGCUGGCCCCUCGCCUGUUGGGACUGCCGAUCUUCGCCUAUUUGACACGACCACAUCAUGUUGGCUUACAUGAAAACAAGCAAGUGGUGGUGUUUGUUUAUGCCGCUUUGGAGCUUUUCUUGACUUGGCAGAUUGUGAUUCGCAGGUCUUCUGUACGGUAUGUUCUGGGAGUACAGCUGUUUUUUGCCGCUCUGACGAUGAUGGCCGUGCCGCCAGUCAUGCUACCGUCUGUCCGUCGCAAGCUGCCAGUCUACGCCACACAGCGCCCGAUGAGUUUCUUCGUUAUGGCGCAGCUUGGGAUGAGCAUGUCUCCCAUAAACAGUGCUCACACCCAGCUGCUUCUUCAGCCUCCAGCCGUAUUUAUUCUGGCAGUCUUCAUCUUGACAUUCAUGUCAUGGCUCGUGGCGGCAAUCAACAUCCUUGUCCAAGAGUGUUGUCAUCGAGAUGCGAACGGCCGUGAGGACGAUUAUGCUCUCUUGGGAAUAGAGCCUGGCGCAAAAUUCGAGAGAGAAAGGCAAGAGAGACAGCUAGCAGUGGCUUUGCGCGAGGCUGUUGCUUCCGGGGACGAAAUUCUUACAACGUUCCUUCUGCAAGAAGGAGCCUCUGUGGAUGGAAAGCAUGAUCCUGGCGUUGGUGUGUUGGAGUUGGAUUUGUGGCGUGGGCAGAAGUUUGCAGAAGCCGUGAGGUAG